AUGGCAGUCUCAGUUCAAGGAAAAACAGCCAUCAUCACCGGCGCAGGCUCUGGAAUCAAUCUGGCCUUUGCCAAGUUGUUGGUAGAAAAUGGAUGCAACGUUGUCAUCGCCGACCUAGCUUUGCGCCCCGAGGCCAAAGUGCUAGUUGAUAAGCACACCUCUGGCCCUGUACGAGCUGUCUUCCAGCAGACCGAUGUUACAGACUGGAUCCAACUUGAGCGAAUGUUCGAGGUGGCCGAGAGAGAAUUCGGCACGAUCGACAUUGUUUGCCCAGGCGCGGGCAUCUACGAGCCACACUGGACCAACUUCUGGCGUCCACCUGGCUCAACCGCAAGCAAAGACUCCCGUGACAGCGGCCGAUAUGCACUGGUGGACAUCAAUAUCACCCACCCAAUCCGUGUCACACAGCUGGCAAUUGCGCAUUUCCAGAAGCACCGCGAGAACGGUCGCCUGAAGCACAUUAUCCACAUCUCCAGUAUUGCUGGACAAAAUGAGUCGUUCUCGGCACCUAUUUACGUUGCCACGAAGCAUGCCAUCAACGGCUUGGUGCGAUCACUAGCCAAGUUGGAGAGAAUUGGUAUCCGUGUCACGGCAGUGGCACCUGGUGUUAUCAAGACUCCCUUAUGGACGGACCAUCCUGAAAAGAUCAAAAUGGUGAUUGACAGCUCUGACGCCUGGGUGACGCCCGAGGAAGUAGGAGAGGUGAUGUUGGCGAUGGUACAGCAGGAUCAGGUGAGCGAAAUCAUUGGAGAUCGAUCUGGUCGAGGAACGCAGUAUAAGGUGAAGGGUGGGACGAUUAUCGAGGUGUCAAAGACGGCGCGGGAAGUUAAACAAUUCAAUGAUGAGGGCCCUGGAAAUCGGCCGGGAAACACAGUCUCGGACAUCGAGGCGGUGGAGAACGAAAAUUGGGAACUUUUGUCGCAGAAGGGAUGGGGACUAUCGAAGUUGUAA